AUGUCUGGUGAUCGAGUUGUGUACCCGACAGCCCCAACCAGAAAUAACGGAGCCAGUCUCAGAGACCAAUCCAAGGAAGAAAGAGUGGCGGCAAUAAACUUUCGUGCGGUGAUGAGGGCGGUAAACAGGGGUGGUACCCUAUCAGUAAAAGGAAAUCGCGUGUUUCAUAACGACCGAAGUGAUAAUCGCGAUAAUCGUGCUGACACUUCAAAUUUUGAAGUGCAGAGAAAAAGUGAUAAUAGUAGGAAUCGAGAUUCAAAUUAUAAUGACAACCGUGGUGGUAGAUCUUCUAAUAAUAAUGCUGGCACCUCGCGGCCAGAUAGACAAGAUGUGAACAAUAGUGGUCGACAGGGUCAGGGUUCAAGGGGAAGAGGACAAGCCAGAGGUCGUGGUUACCAACAACGGGGAUGGCAGCAAAGAAGAUAG